AUGCAGCAAGAAAACGAGUCCCUAAAACUCCCAGACGGGCGCAAGCUCUCCUACGCCAUCUACGGCAGUCCUGUGCCCCAACGCACCAUCAUCUACCUGCACGGCUACCCCUCGUCGCGCUACGAAGGCAAGCUCUGGCACUCCAGCUGCGCAACACACAACAUCAGGCUUAUUGCGCCCGACCGGCCGGGUACCGGUCUCUCGACUUUCCAGCAUAACCGCCGCAUACUCGACUUCCCAGCCGACAUCCUCGCUCUGACCGAACACCUUAAAAUCCAUCAGUUCUACGUGCUAGGUGUAGCGGAGGGCGCGCCGUACGCACUGGCGUGUAUAAAAGAGAUUCCGAAAGAGAGGCUGCUCGGCGCGAGUAUAGUGGGUGGGCUGUACCCCGUCAAGCUAGGUACAUCCGGUAUGAUACUACCUUCGCGAAUCGUACUCUGGAUAGCGCCGUGGAUGACGAGUCUUACCGCCGCACUGUUUGAUAAUAAGAUGGGCAAGCCGAGUCGGAAUGAAGAUCCCCACGUUUUCGAAGAUGCGUUGUCACGAGAGGUCGAGAAUUGGCAUCCGGGGGAUCAGAAGGCGAUUCGGUGUCCGAAUGUUUGGCCAACGUUUGUGGCGAUGACCAAGAAGUCGUUUCAUCAGGGGAGUGAGGGCGUGGGGUGGGAGGCCAGGCUUAAUGGGAGUGAGUGGGGGUUUGAACUUGCGCAUGUGCAUGUUGGGGAGGGGGAGGUGCCGUUGACGCUUUGGCAUGGGAAGGAUGAUAGGAAUUCGCCGGUUGGGAUGGUAGAGAGGGCGAAGAAGCAUUUACCAGGUUGUGUGUUGCGGGUGAAGGAGGGGGAGGGUCAUUUUGGUUUCAUUUUUCGCGAUGCAGAUGAGAUCCUGGAAGACUUGGUAAAGAGGGAGGGGAAGGAAGAGAAGGAAGAGUUCAUGAUGGUAAGUGUUACGCAGGUGUAUGAGUAG